GCGUUCAUCCCUGUGAGGGGGUGACUACAAAACCCAGAACCCCCCACUGCCUCGGCCUGCUUGUGUUCUUCUCCUCUUUACUGCCUGCCUCCUGGUGGACGUCGGAGCGAUGCGCUCCUUCCUGUCCCGUUUGCCUCGUCCAUGUGAAUCCAGAUGCUCUUUGUCUUCGUCGUCCUGAAAGUAGAUCCGGCCGAGAUCAAUGCUCCGGUCUGUGACGUCUAAAGGAAAGAAGGUCGCUUCACGUCCAGAAGAAUCCGCUAAAUCGCUGUGAACUUUGUGUUUGUCCCUGUUUAUUUAACUCCAGAUGAUUAAAACCAGAUCAGACUUCAACAACCUUUGUAGUUGUUUGAUGUCAGAUAUUCUGUCAGCAGUGACCAAGGACGACAGUUAGCAUUUUAAUUAUAAAAGGUGGAAUAAGAGGCAGAGCAGAGAUCCAUGAAACUCGAGUUCAAAGAAUUCUUCAAGAAGACUUCAGUGUUUUUGUGGCUUCAGAAACAUUUAAAGAAAUGACCGAACACGCUUUUAUUCUCCCUGAAACGGCCGUCUGUGUUUGUUGUUUCUCUUCAUGAAGCUACUAACAGUUAUUAAGUGAUGGAUCCUUCCCACCACAAUAAAAGUCUUCCAAAGACUGUCGGGACAGUUUUAUUUUGAGCUACAACAUAGUUUAAAGUUUCCUCAUCAGCCCUCAAAUCCGUUUGAUCAGUUCGUGGACUAAAGACCACGGUGACAUGAAGGCAGCACGACUCUAAUAGAAGCUUUCAGCUGCAUCUUAAGGUCCGAUCAGAGUUCCGACAUGAUGGAAGCUGAGGUCUGUUUACUGAUGAAGACCAUGAGGUGCAGCUGAAACCCCUGAAGACCGACUAAGUGGACUUUUGAGCUCAGAUAAAUGGUCUACAAACAUUUAUUUUGGUUUAGCUUCUUCUUCACCACCUUGAUCCCUGAAUCUUAUGUCUCCGUCUCACCUGAAACCAGGUUCUAAAGCUGUCGGACUAAUAGAAGUGUACAUUUAUUCUGUUCCUCACAUUGUAACCACAAUAUUGUUGUUGCCUCAACAGUAACUUUCUAAUCUUUGUCCAGUUUGUUUGUUUGAGAGACUUCCAGUCUGUCAGCUGACUGGUUCAUCCACCUGCUGUCGUCACUGAGCCACAUCCACCAACUGUGUUGCUCCAGGGUAUCAGCAGGCAUCAGUGGGGUGUCAACAGGGUACCUGCCAGGUAUCUGCAGGGAUGCCAGUGCCUGCUGGGACUGAUGGGUUCGGGUUCAGCUGUAGAUGUAGACUUGGUACCAACUUGGUGAGAGUUUCAACAACAAAAGCUGCUGUUAAGUUUCUCUGUAAAGGAACAAAACUCUUUAAUUUAACAUCUAACCCGACUCAGUUUCCUCAGUUCAGGUUUAAUGAGGGAAAUAAGCUUAAAGAAAACAGGAAGAGAGUUCUCAGUGUAACGCGCAGGGAUUCAAUUAAAAGAUUUAAAUCAGUCAUCCAGUUCAUUUCCUGCUGCACACGGGUGCCCUGGAGCAAAAGUUUACUGAACCUGAAUCUGCAGUUUGCAUGAAAAUAGAAACUAAAAAUGGAAAUCUACUGUUGAUUGUGAGUGAAGCACAACAGAGUGAAUUCACUGCAGCAGAAUGAAGCACCACUCUGUUUAUUUUAAUGCUUCGUCAGGUUUCAAUUGGAGAUUUGACUUGAAUUUUGUGUUUUGCAGCUUGUUUUAUUAGUUGGAUGAUGACAACAGAGUAUUUAAAAUAGAUAAUUGUAUUUGUUGUAAUUUAUAAAUGUUUCAGUUGUAAAUGUUUUGUUUUUUUAAGAAAACAAGAAUAAAAGACUGGGAUGAGCCCCAAAUGUCAAAUUUUGUGUUGCUUCGAUUCUUACAAAUAGAAAACACAUUUAAAUUAUUAACUCAUUUAUUAUUUUAAAUCGAAUUAUUAUAAUUAGCACACCAGUGAAUUAACCUUCGUUUCAUCAUUAUCCUCAGAGAGACUGUGCUGUGAAGUUACUGCAAUUUAAACCGGAAGUUUGACGAGCCUGCCUUCAAAAUAAUAGUACAGCGAGCACUUAAUAAAUUCUGUAUUUAUGCUAAUUUAUGAACUUAGUUACAGCAACCGAGUCACAUCACAAAACGCACAUCUGAAAUAAUAUAUUAAAAAACACAAACAAACUAAAUACGUCAUACUCAGUAUAAACUAAAUACUUCAUACUCGCAGUAUAAACUAAAUACGCGCCCUGCAGCCCAGUGCCUCAAAACAAACGCACCUUCACGAUUAAUAAUAUUAAAGUUAAACCCUUACAUUUUAUCUUUCGGAGUCUGAACAUCUUCAAGGCUUAAAAAAAAAAAUUAUGUUUUUACUCAACUGAGGUUUGGUAAAUUAUUUUUGGCGAAUUCAUAUUUUAUGUUUCUUAAUCAUGAUAUUAAAGAUGAAACUUUUUAAUAAAUAAAACAAUAUAUUACAAAGUUAUUGCUCAUCUACUUUAAAUAGAUUUCAGGAAUGUUUUAUCUCAUUUAAAUUAAAAUGUUUAAAGUCUCCAAAAACAGCAGCAUUAACAAAACGAGUUUAAAAUCAUGUUUCUUUAAUAUAACAAAUAUUUGUUUUCAGAAGACGAAUAUAAAUCUCCUAAAUAUAUAAUUUACAUGUUUGGUUUUUAACAAUCCUGAAAGGUAACACGCUUUCUGUUUUAUUUUGAAACUGACCGGAUGUGGUGUGUUUCCGUGUUCCGGACUCACAGACUGGACUCACCUCCAACCGGUCCGGUGUGUCACCUGUAGGACAGAACCAGUGAGGAGAACCGGGAGAAGGUGCGUCCAGGGUCAUGUUUUAACGGUUCUAACGGACACCGACGGCACGUGGGCAGAAUAUGUGACGCGUUGUCUAAUAGAAACAUUUCGGUUCUCAUCCUCUACGUCACUGGCCGACGUCUUUCACGCCAGUACUCGUUCACUAAUCCCGUAAUUCUACGUUUUUUUUUUACAGUCGCAGCUGCGGAAGAAGGAAAUUAUUAAAGAAGCAGGUUUCCGACACUAGUGGCUUCUUUACGUGAAGCCGAAUAUUACAACGGGUCUCACUGAACUGGUUAAACGUGAUUCAAAUCUAAAUAAGACGUUCUGUUUCAGGUCGACCAUGUGGGAGAAAGCCAUCCUGCUGCUGCUCCACAGUGUGGAAGCUGUAGUGGCAUCUCAGUGCUGGCAGGGGGCGAUCUUCUCCGAGGCUGUCGUGUCCCCGGUGGUUCAGACCGGUGGAGUCCUGAGGGUCCCUGGCGUGGCGUCUCUGGCUCAGUGCGUAGCGGCCGGCUGCGACCUGCCAGACUACGACCUGGUCUGGAUGUUGGAGGGUCGCUGCUACAUCCUGAGCUGUCGGCAGAGGGGGUACUGCCAGCCCCGACAGAGACCCGGGACAGACUCGGUCCUGGUCUUUCUCAAGAGGGCUUCACCGCAGACCCUGGUGCUGCAGUCAUUAGUGAGGCCCCUCUUACGGUCCUCUGAGGCCCCUGGGGACCUGGAGGACCUGGACCUGCUGGACGGGCCCCCGCAGGAAUUCUCUGACCCCAGCAUGCUGGAUGCAGAGGAUCCAGAGGGAGACCAGGAGGAGACGGGAGGGACCGGGUCUUUAGAGGGAAGAGAUGGGUUCAACCAAUCGGAGGCAGAGGACGGUCCAGAGGGGGGGCGGGCACACAGCAACGUGGUCCAGAACAGAUCCUCCUCUGGGGGGACCAUCCCUCAGGGGGACGACGAAACCUGGAGACCAGAUGCUGCUGCAGAGAAAAUGAACAAAACUCAAAGCAGCGUUGAUUCGACGACUGUCUCCUCCCAACGCGACCAUGUAGGGACUUCCCUUCCCACCCCUGACACGCCCCAUUGGCCAAUCAGCACGUCCAUCCAGCCAGCUGCAGACCGACCCCUGAUUGUGUCCGGUGGAAACCCUGUAGAGCAAACCUUGCCCACAGUUAAACUUGAUGCUUCAGUUUCCCCCGGACCCACAACUGAUGUACUGAAGCUGCUCCAGUCAGCAGUCAGAGCUCCACCGACUGCCACCCAUCCCCCGGACAGUCCUCUGACCUCUGACACCACCACCACCACCCAUCCCCCGGACAGACCUCUGUCCUCUGACGCCACCAUCACCCAAACUCCCAGCACCAACCCGCCAACCGCGGCCACUGCAGACUCUGUAUCAGAGGUCAGGUGGUCAAACCGUGGCCCGGUGGCUGUCGUGGGUCCUGACAGGAAGUUGCUUCUCCCAGUGAGCAGCUUGUCACUGGACGGCAGCGGAAGCACCGAUGACCGCGGCAUCGUCAGCUACCACUGGGACGUCGUCAGCGGUCUACCGGGGUUAAAGCUGGAGGGAGCGGACCAGGCAGUCGUCUCGGCAACAGGCCUUCGGGUGGGACGCUACACCUUCAGACUGACUGUCUCUGACCAGCAGGGGGCGACGGACAGAGCUUCACUGACUGUCAGGGUCCAGGAAGCCACCAGUCCUCCUCCAGUGGCUCAUGCCAGUGGCAGCCACACCGUCUCUCUGCCCAACAGCUCUCUGGUCCUCAGGGGCUCCAUGACCGACGGAGACCAGACCGAGGUCCACUACCUGUGGGUCAGAGACAGCCAGAGUCCUGCUGCUGGGGACGUCCUGUACGGCUCGGUGACUCAGGCCUCCCUCUACCUGGCCAACCUGGUGGAGGGCACCUACCUGUUCCAGCUGAGGGUGACUGACGCUCAGGGGCGCUCCAGCACCGCCACGGCCACUGUGGAGGUCCAACCAGAACUGGGUGGGGGGGAGGAGAUGGAGCUGGAGAUGCUGGUCUCGGUUUCUCAGGUCAGCGUGGCUCAGAGGGACACGGUGGUCCGGCAGCUCGCCGCCAUGAUCCACGUCCUCGACAGAGACAUCCAGGUCCGAGGGCUGCAGGGACACUCACACCUCAGCACCGUGUUGCGGUUCUCGGUUCGGGGCCCCUCAGGGAUCGGCCCUAACCCUAACCCUGGCUCCAGACUGGUGGGUCUGCUGAGAAACCAGCUGCUCAGAGAGAAGAGCGACUACCUGCUGUUCAGAGUCCUGAGAGUCGACACCGCCUUGUGCCUGCUUCGCUGUUCUGGGCGUGGUCAGUGUGAUCCAAUCACAAAGGAGUGUGCAUGUGACUCCUUCUGGACGGAGAACCUCAUUCGUAGAUACCUUGGCGAUGGAGAGAAUAACUGUGAGUGGAGGGUGCUGUACGUCAUCCUGACCAGCUUCAUGCUCGUGGUCUUCAUCCUGUCCAUCACCUGGACCUUCAUCUGCUGCUGCAGGAGGAGGAGACAGACCAAAGUGAGGAAGAAAACGAAAUACACCAUCCUGGACAACAUGGAUGACCAGGAGAGGGUGGAGCUCAGACCCAAAUUCAGUAUCAAACACCGCAGCACAGAGCACAACUCCAGCUUGAUGAUGUCCGAAUCGGAGCUGGACAGCGACCAGGACACCGUCUUCAGUCGGGACCGACCUGUCCGCAGCAGGAACCGGGUCAGCACCCACGCCGCCCGCAACGGUAACGCCUUCGGCUGACGUGGACGGAACUCGUCUGGAAUGUUUGUACUCUGGCAGCUAGAGAUUUAAAGACUGCAUUACCCAGAAUUCAUGUUUCGGUGAGGUAAGUAAAAUGAACCAGUGUCCCAUUUCAAGGUCAAAGUCUUUGAAGAGGACGCGAGGACUUAAGACGAGACAGGAUAACAGGAUUAUAUGGGUUUGGGACAUUUGGAGGAUUCUUGACAACAGUGAAGACACGUUAGUAGAUUCUGACUUCUAAAAGAUUUAAAGUUACAGGUCGUCUUGUUUUUGUUGGAUCUCACUACUCAGUGAUGACGCCACAGUUCAUAAUACUGCAAAUGCUUUUUACCUUUGUGUCACCUCAUCGUGACUUAAAGACUUUUACUUCAAUGAAACUCUUUGUGAUUAUUUAAACAAGUAUCAGACAUUUUGGGAAUCGUCUUCCCCAAAACCACAGAGAAGAUGGAGACUUCCAGCUCUAGUUGAUCCUCCAGACAGGGGUCAGUCCAGGACACGGUUCCACCCUAAUAUUCUAAACCAGUCUCACUCCUCUUGGUCCUCGAUCCAUCAAGAAAAACACGCGACUCCAAACUUUUCAGCGGCAGUUUAUGAAUCGAUUGUUUUGUUGCACAAAUCUGAAGACAUUAUUGAAAUGUGUAGAAACACUCUUACAUUUGCACAAAUGGAACAUGCUUUAAAUUAUUAAAAAUGGCUCAUUAAAGUUAUUUUUUGUCCCAAUGUGUUGCAAAAUGUCAUAAGUAUUUUAGUCAUUCAAAAAUACAUAUUUAUUUAUUGGAUAUGAACCGGCCGACAUCAGGAUGUUCAACACAAAGACUACAAUACAUAU